AUUUAACGGUUCAACUUUGCGUGUGAGGUGUGCUUUCGCGUCGGAUGAUUUUGUUUUUUUUUUUUUACAAAUCUGUUCGUGUUUUUUUGCGCUGGUGUUUUUGUCCGUAAAGUACUUUGCGCACACUUUAAGAAGCACUGACAGCGACAAAGGUCAUUACGCGCGAACAAAUAAAAACAACAACAACUGGAUUUGUGAAAAAAUCAAUUUUAAUUCAACAUCCAAUUGGCAUAAUAUUGUGAGAAGGAAGUGUGUGAGAGAGAGGGAGGGAAAUUCAGAAUGCCUGCCAGUGGAGGAACUUUCGAUGCCUGGGAUACGGCCGUAUUGGCCAGUAUUCUGGUUAUAUCCGCAUUGAUUGGCAUUUAUUAUCGUUAUACAGGUGGCAAACAAAAAACCACAAAGGAAUAUCUAAUGGCAGACCAGAGUAUGACCACUUUUCCGGUAUCCUUUAGCCUGAUGGCCAGUUUCAUGUCAGCAAUAUCCCUAAUGGGCGUCUCGAAUGAAUCAUAUCAAUUUGGCACAAUGUUUUGUGUCAUAAACAUUGCCUAUUGGAUCAGCACGCCAAUUGCCGCUUAUAUCUUUUUGCCGGUUUUCUAUCGCAUGCGAACGACAAGUGUUUAUGAGUAUUUGGAGCGUCGAUUCGGUCAGGCGACACGUCUCGCCGCCUCCUUGGCCUUUACCAUUCAAAUGAUUCUCUAUAUGGGCAUUGCUCUGUAUGCUCCCGCUCUCGCUUUGGAGGCAGUGACUGGAGUGCCUAGGAAUACGGCCAUAUUGGUAAUUGGAUUAGUUUGCACCUUCUAUUCUACAUUGGGAGGACUCAAGGCCGUCCUGAUAACGGAUGUAUUUCAAUCGUUCCUAAUGUUUGCCGCCAUAUAUGCUGUGAUUUUUGUAUCCGCUGUCAAGGCUGGAGGCUUUGGUGCUAUUUGGCAAGUGGCUGUGGAACGAGGACGUGUCGAGUUUUUGGACUUUUCGCUGGAUCUCUCGGUACGCCACACUUGGUGGUCAUUGAUCAUCGGCGGCAUGGUUACCUAUUUAUCACUCUAUGGUGUCAAUCAAACCCAAGUUCAACGCCUUUUGAGUGUCCACAAUCUGAAGAGUGCUCAGUCAGCGCUUUGGUGGAACUUGCCUAUACUUGGAUUAUUGAGCUUUAGCACCAUUUUCAGUGGUUUGGCAAUAUUCUAUUACUACAGAGACUGUGAUCCAAUGCUGGAAGAACGCAUCAAGACCGGAGAUCAGCUAAUGCCACUCUUUGCCGUCGAUACAAUGGGUCAAUAUCCUGGACUGUGUGGACUCUUUGUCUCGGGCAUUUUCUCGGCCAGUCUAUCGACAAUCUCUUCCGCCGUGACAUCUCUCUCAGCUGUGACGUUGGAGGAUUACCUCAAGCCUUUGUACAAGACAGUCUUUAAACGUACCUUAAUCGAUUCCAAGUCUACUCUGCCCACCAAAAUAGUCGCCUGCAUUUUUGGACUACUCUGCAUAGGAUUGGCUUUUGUUGCCGGCUCUCUGGGUGGUGUACUCCAAGCAUCACUGACCAUUUUUGGUGUAGUGGGCGGCCCAUUGCUGGCGAUCUUUACUCUGGGAGUCUGCACUACGCGAACAAAUCAACGCGGAGUCCUCUGGGGAUUCGCAAUUGGCUUAGCUUUCUCCUUCUAUAUUGGUUUCGGUGUAUCCAAGCCACAGCCCAAGCCCUUGAGUUUCAGUACGGCGGGCUGUGCUAAUGUUACUCUAGUAGCCGAAGCUCACAGCCUCACAACAGAGAGCAGCUUGGCAGGUGGAAAUCCCACUGAUUCCGAGGACAUUUUUUGGCUCUAUAAACUCUCCUAUUUGUGGUACUGUGUCCUUGGAUUCCUUUUGACAAUAGGAGUUGGAUAUUUCUUAAGCAUUAUUCUUGAACAUUUCCAAUGGGCUGAUAAUUCGCAAAUCUAUGUCGAUAAAUAUGCAAAACAACUGGAUUAUGAUUUAUUUGCACCAAUUUUAUCACGUCGUUGGCGACGAAAGGACCAGCAGCGUCUACAAGCUGCCCAGGAUGAGACUCUAACCAAGCUUACCCAUCCACCAAAUUGGGAGGUGACGAGCCCGAAAUAAUCCUAUAUACUAAGACUACAAAUAAUUUAUUUAUAAAAACCAAAACCAUGACAUUGAGGGGCAAAACUAAAUUAAUCACAUUUUAUUGGUGUCGUUACUUAGUAGAUAAAAAAAUGAAAAUAUUAGCAACAUUUAUAUAUAUAAUCAUAGUAUAAGUUAAUUGUUGGUCGUACCUGCAUAUAAACAGUGUGACCUAUUUGUAUACCUGCGAGCGCAUUGAGAAAGUCUUCCAUUUUGCAAAUACUUUAAUUGUUAACUAUAUACACAGCAUAUAAGAUAAAUAUGAUAUAUAUAUAUAUAUAUGUAUACACAUGAACUUUUUACAAGAAACGAAACCAACCAAAAAACACAUAAACUUACCUCGUAGCUAAAUUUAACCAGCUGAAUCUGAUGUAAUCAUAUAAACUAAACUUGUUGAAAGCAAAUAGAAAUGUUCAUACAUAUAAUAUACAUAUACAUGAAAUUGUUUAAAUUUAAGAACCUUGAAUUUGUUUAAGUUGCAAUUUGUCAAUAUUUGUUUCAUUUUACUCAAAUUAACAAAAAGUCCUGGAGGCACUUGGCACAAAUUAAUAUAAUUUAAUGUCAAACACUUUAAAAUAUUGUUCAAAAUUACUAGAAAUAUAUUGCAAUGAGCAUUAUCAGCCUAUAUGCUCUUUGCAAUUAUAAACUUAAUAUUUGAUAUUUGUUUAAAUUUAAGUUUUUAAGAUUAAUUUCUUACCAUUUUAUAUUAAUAGUAUUUUUUGUAAUUAUUUUUAAAACAAUAUUUGUAAAAUUUCAGGGUAUUUUAGAGUCAGGUCUUAUCUUACCUCAUACACAUAUGUUUAUAUACUAUACUUAAUUGAAAUUCAUUUGCAUCCAAGUUUCUAGUUACGAAAUAUUUAUAUAUAUGUAUGUAUAUUGUAAAUUGUGCAUAUUGUGACGUUAGAAAUCAAUGAACAAUAAUUAAUUAAAGCAAAAACAA